UCAUGACUUUGCCAUCUUGGAAAAAAAAAAUUGGCAUUCCGUGACCUCCUGAUUUAUAAAUUAAGCCCUGCUUGUAACUUCAGUGUCACAUACACAGGUAGGAAAUUUGUGUGUUUGUCUCUCAGAUUUUGUGAAACCUCACUGUUGGAAAUAUCCCUGCACAAAUUUUAAUUACACAUACACAAAAUAUUUCUAGAGCUACGAAAACUUUUUACACAUGUACAAAUUAUAUCUGUGUGCACAAAACUUUUUCACACAUGCACAAAAUAUUUCUACAGCCACAAAACAUUUUUACACAUUCACAAACCAUUUCACAAGCUCAAAAUAUUAAUGACCCAUAUUUGAUUCCAUAGGGGUGUCCCUUAUUUUCAAAGCCCAAUGUUGAAAGGUAUGAAUUCAGAAAGGAAAUAAAAAAUACACUCUUUCUGCUGGAGUUACAUUAAAACAUAGAUGUCCCACUUUUAGCAGCAAACCACUACUCAAAAGUAGGAUGGGCGGUAUUUCUUUAAUGGAAGGCGGAGUUUUGUCCAAGGGGCGGAUCUGCCGACAUCCAGUGGGAGGGAUUUCUCUGACAGGAGGAAGAAGGCUUGUGACUGGCAGCAGGAUCCAACCUUCAGAAGCCGGCUGUUCUUUUUCGGGCCCUUCUUUAGGAAAUAGAGGGAUAUAUGGCUGCCAAAGGGAUGAAUCUCUGCACCGUGUGCUGCCUGCUUCUUUAUGUGAUCACGGUGGUGCUUGCGGGGCGAGAUUUCUACAAGAUCUUGGGUGUGAGCAAGAGUGCAUCCAUCAGGGACAUCAAAAAGGCCUACAGAAAGCUCGCUCUCCAGCUGCACCCCGACAGAAACCAGGACGACCCAAAAGCUCAAGACAAAUUUGCAGAUUUGGGAGCAGCUUAUGAGGUUCUCUCAGAUGAGGAGAAAAGGAAACAGUAUGACGCAUACGGUGAAGAUGGACUCAAAGAGGGUCACCACAGCUCACACAACGAUAUCUUCUCCAGCUUCUUUGGCGACUUUGGUUUCAUGUUUGGAGGCAACCGACAGCAACAGGACAGGAACAUCCCCAGAGGAAAUGACAUUAUACUAGACUUGGAGGUCACGCUUGAAGAAGUGUACUCUGGGAACUUUGUGGAGGUUGUACGUAACAAGCCUGUAGCCAAAGAGGCCCCUGGAAAGAGGAAGUGCAACUGCAGACAGGAGAUGAGGACAACGCAGCUCGGACCUGGCCGCUUCCAGAUGACACAAGAGAUGGUUUGCGAUGAGUGUCCCAAUGUGAAGCUUGUAAAUGAAGAGAGAACUUUGGAGGUAGAAAUUGAACAGGGAGUGAGAGAUGAGAUGGAAUACCCUUUCAUUGGAGAAGGGGAACCUCACAUCGAUGGCGAGCCUGGAGAUCUGCGUUUCCGCAUCAAAGUGUUGAAACAUCCUGUGUUUGAACGCAGAGGAGAUGACCUGUACACCAACGUCACCAUCUCCCUGGUGGAGGCACUGGUCGGCUUUGAGAUGGAUAUUGCGCAUUUGGACGGACACAAGGUCCAUAUAGUGAGAGACAAGGUCACCAAGCCUGGUGCUCGGAUGUGGAAGAAAGGAGAAGGCCUGCCGAACUUUGACAACAUCAAUAUCCGUGGCUCCCUCAUCAUCACCUUCGAUGUGGAGUUUCCUCAGACACAGCUGGAUGAGCAGCAGAAAGAUGGUAUUCGGAGUCUUCUGAAACAGGGCUCUGUACAGAAGGUUUACAACGGACUACAAGGAUACUAACACACCAACACGCACAGCCUGGACUUAGUUAUCUGUCACACAAACACAUAUAUACACACACACACACACACACACACACAGAGACACCUUCAAUCAACAGAAGUGUGAUCUGUAAUUCUGGCCAGGGUGUAUUUAUUUUUUUCAGAUUGUUCUCACUCAGGAUGGCUUGAGUCCAAUUAGUUUUUACUUUUUAAUGUUCUUUGUUUUGCCCACAGUAGCACAAUUGCUGAUGUUUUAUUUCAAGACUCUAAAUGGAAAGGAUGCCAUGUCUCAGCUGUGGGUUUUUUUUUUUUUUUUGGUCCCUACUUUCCAUUGUAAUAAGGCCUUUGUUUAUUUAAAAAAAAAAAAAAAAGAAAAUCUCUUAUUUGCUUCAAAGUGAAGUGGUAGGAUCAAACACUGUCUACUAAUGUGACAACCACUUUACCACUCUGGAGAAGACACUCUGUUACAGCUCACUACAUCUGCUGAGAGACGAGCUACUGACAAACUGGACAUCUGAAGAACUUUUGAACAACUUCCACCAACCUGUGCAAGACCAGAAGUUUCUCCAUUUGGUCCCUUUUUUUCCCCCUUCAUUAUUUUUAAUGAAUGUAAGACAAGCAGCUUCAUCUCUUGAACGAUGACAUGGUUUUUGUUCUGGUCAGAUUCCUGUUCAAUAAUACUUUGUAAAUAGGAAAGAACAAAACUCAUCCGUUUGUUGUGUUUUUCCUAAUUUAUGUUGGCUCUUACUUGUCUGUUUGCAUUUGACACGUUGUGAUAGGAUUGACUGUCUGCUUCACACAACCUCCAGGUUCACUGUGGUAAGAGUUGACCUCUUUAAUUAAACAGUGAAAUUUUAUUAUUUUGGAGGAAUGGCGAUUUGCACUUCUUCCUGUGCCACGGUUUGUUUUUACACCCAUCUGACACUGUCUGCACCCCCUCUCCUUCUGGGCCGGUCUCAUCUUUAUCAAAGGGACUUUGAGGUUUCAGCAUGCCUGUUGGGUAUUGCUCUUCUUAACUGGAGGCUGCUUGGUUUGCAAGAACUCACCUUCACAUUUUUGUUUCUCGUGGUUUAAAAUUUUUUCUUAAUGUGGUUUUAGGACUUCCUUUCUCUGUGUUUUUACUAUCGACUGCAAGGCUGCCUCCUAAUUUUUAUGAGUGUCAUGGCCUUAAAUGUGAAUUAUUUGGCCAUUUUUACUGAGUGUGCUAGGGGAUAAUGUACUUUUGACUGACAUUAUGAAUAAAGAUUUCUACAAUUUGUGA